UUUAUAGAGCUUCUAUGCAAAUAAGAGCUUAGUCAUAUCCUAUCUCUGAUUGGAGGAAAUUAGUGAGUAAGGUUUAUGCAAAUAAGAUGAAUUCCAGUCUACUUUUUGAUUGGCUGUGUCUGCGAAACCUAACGUAGGUUCUUUUCUGCAUUUAAAAAGUGUAUUUUCCUUUUGAAAACAGAAAAUUAAAUUACUAUCUUGCCAAUAGUAUCUAGUUACGAAAAAAGUAUUUUCUCCUCUCACCCCAUCCGGACCUAUACAAGGACAAAAGUGAUACUAAGUAAAAAAAAAAAAGUAGCGUUUGUAAUUUCCUGCCAAGGUGCAGUAUCCGGUGCUUUUAAAAUUAUCCUUGAAGAAUUAAUUAUACAGAACAGAGAAUAUAAAAAUUAGCAAAAUAUUCAAAUAUUUUCAAAGUUAUGUCACUUGCACUCAGUUUGGUCUGAUCAGAGUCAGCACCAUUCUUACAUAUUCAAACAUUUUCAAGAAUCAGAGGAUCGUCAUAUUACAACGGGGGUGCCAUUUUAAUGUUCGGAAGUACGAAAGAGGGCGGACGUGUACUUGUUCAAACAUUUUUUUAAGGCUAGCUUUUAAGGAUAAGGGAGCCCUUGUUACGGAGUGGUUAAACGCCAGUGGUUAAGCGCUCGACUGCUAACCAAAGAUCAGCGGUUCGAACCCAGCAGGCGCUCUGCGGGAGAACAAUGUGGCAGUAGAGUUCCGUAAAGAUUUCCAUCCUUGGAAAUUUCUAUGGGACAGUUCUGUUCUUUCCUGCAGGAUCUCUGUGAGUCGGAAUCGACUCCACUACAACCGUUUGGUUUUGGUUUUUCCAAGGAUAAAGGACGAAACUGCACCAAUCACGUUCAAGCGCGGGGUUUUGAAAUGGCAAAGAGGUUUACAUUCCCGGGCUCAGCAGCUGGAGAAAAUUAAUUUCCGUCUCUUCCCAGGCAUCUUUUCUAACUUUAGUAAAUAGCAAGUGGGUUAAAAGAAAAUCAAUUAGAGUGUAUGUAAGACAAAUCUAGUAAAGGAGAAAAUCAAACACAGUUCAAUAGGUCAAGAUGUUUUAAAGUGAGACCUAGUAGCCAAUCACAAGGCCUGUCAAGUUAUUUAAUUCAAGGCGCGCAGUUUGAAUAUUCGGGCCAAUCAGGAAGGCCUUCUGUUUAUAAAUAGGAGCAAGAGCAGUUGUUACCUCUAUUGUCCUGAGGUUUACUCAGCAAUCUCCAUGGCUCGUACCAAGCAGACAGCUCGCAAAUCCACCGGCGGCAAGGCGCCCCGCAAGCAGCUGGCCACCAAGGCUGCCCGCAAGAGCGCCCCGGCCACCGGCGGCGUGAAGAAGCCCCACCGCUACCGGCCCGGCACCGUGGCGCUGCGCGAGAUCAGGCGCUACCAGAAGUCCACCGAGCUGCUGAUCCGCAAGCUGCCUUUCCAGCGGCUGGUGCGCGAGAUCGCGCAGGAUUUCAAGACCGACCUGCGCUUCCAGAGCUCGGCCGUCAUGGCGCUGCAGGAGGCGUGCGAGGCCUACCUGGUGGGGCUGUUUGAGGACACCAACCUGUGCGCCAUCCAUGCCAAGCGCGUCACCAUCAUGCCCAAGGACAUCCAGCUGGCCCGCCGCAUCCGCGGGGAGAGGGCGUAAAUCGUCUUUCCAAGUGAGUGCAGACUUUGAACCCAAAGGCUCUUUUCAGAGCCAACCAUCUUUUCAGUGAAAGAUGCUGUCACAGGUUAUAAGGACCAUGACGUCGUUAAUAUUAAUACCGUGGAGUCGAUUUUGAAGAGUCGAAAUGGGAAGCCUAGGUUGCAGUCUUUGAAUUUACCUCUCUAGAAAUUUGUUGCUAUGGAAAACAAGUUAUUCGAGCCAGCCUUUACGGAUUUUCUUUGGCCCUGCUUUUUGCCCUGAUAACUUUGUCAGCUCUAAGCUCAGCUUGAAUCUAAAUGCAGUGUUCAGAGCUCUCUAUAAUGUUAAAAGGUGUUAUCAGAGAUAACCAUUUACUCAAAAUAACUUGGGAUGGGUAUGGGCCGCUUGAGGCGCCUAUGGCGGCUGCCGACAUCGCUCUACCGUACCCUUCUCCGGAGCCUACCCAGCCACUGUCGCCACUGAAGCAUACAUACUACCCUACUUUCCUGUCUCCAAUGCUGGUUGGCUAUAGUGUGUUUUUGGUGAAAGUUUACACAGCAAAUGAGGUACCCAGUUUCUGUUCAUACUCAAUUUCAUAUUCAAUUUCUGUUCAUUUCCAGGGAUAGUGGUUACAUUUUUCACAAUGUGUCACGUUCAUUUAUGUUCUGGUUGUUAUCGAAAUCUCAUACUCAGAGUCACAGUGAAGAUGCCUGAGAAGUAUUAGUUACAUUCUGCGUGAGAUUAGGUCCGUCUAGCAGUUCAAGGAAGAAAUCUAAACGUUUUAAAUCACAUACGGAGCAACUUAAUGUGGAGUUUGGUGGGAAAAAUUAAAAAGAGCAGAUCACUCAACUCAGCAAACAAGUAUCAUUGGCUAUAAUGUUACUACAUCAUCAGCUCCCAAGAGUAACCCCAAUAUCGGUUCUUUCAAUGGCAAGUAACCCUAUUGGUUUAGGUCUCCAUGGGGGGCUUCCAGGUUUGAGUAGAUUGGUUUGAGCAGCUUGGGUUUGAAUAUAUCCAACUUCUGUACUAUGAGGUCAGAUGCAUUGGCAAUUUAUGCCAAACCCCGAAAUAAUGGCCUGAACAUGGAAAAUCUCUGCUCAGGGCAUGCUGUCAAAUCCCGAUCUAAUGAGGCAGUUUAUUACAGCCAGACCACAAAUGCAGCAGUUGGCAUAAAAUCAGAAAUUAAUCAUAUGCUUAAUAAUCCAGAUGUAAUGAGACUGGAACUUGCCAGGAAUUCAGUAAUGCAAAAAACGAUGAGAGGAAGGACGUAUUCUCGAGCAACUGGAAAAGCUCUUGAAGGGACUCAAUGCUUUCUGGCAUGCACAUUGAUACUCAAGAACCACGCUGAGUGCUGCUGGAGAGGAGAUUGAUGGUCAUACAUUUGCUUCCUCACUGAAAAAUACAUCUUCAGGUGAAGGUCCAGAAAAUGCAGCUGUUAUCCAGUCAUGGAUUUCACGGGUGUCCCAGAGUUUGUUAACUUCUAGGGUACCAUUAGCAGUGUCAGUGGCCCUAGCAGCUGUGGUUCCAGUGGUGUAAUUGGACAGAGUGCUAUGGCAAACGUGGGGCCUGCAGCAGCAGCUAGUACGUUCAGCUUACCAGGAAUUAAGAGUUAGUUGCAGCAAAUAACUGAAAACUCACACUUUGUGCGGACCAUGUCUGCACCCUACAUGAGAAGUGUUCUGUGUGGUUCCAUUAUGCUGUCAAAUCCCAUAUGCUAUAAGCUACUAUUAUGCUUUCAAAAUACAUAUGUGUAUCACUCGUAAUAUGAAUUUAGAAAUAAAAAUAUGUCUAACUUUUGUGAGGUUCUCUGAUGUUAAUCAUAAGCCCUUAGAAACCUUUAAGUCAUGAGAAAGUUAUUUUGAAAAAUUCUGAACUUAGACAUAGAAGCAUGUGAAAUAUGUAAACAAUGUAAGCGAACUUUGACCUGCCAUGUUGUGAUAAAGAAGACAUAGUUAAUCUUUGUAGAGCAUUGAGACAUAAGUGUAAACAGACUCCCUAAUCUCUAACCUUGAGGGAGAGAUGCGUCACUUGGCUCAUCUUUAACCAUGAAGAAAGACCCUUAUAGUGUGAGGCCAAGGUGAGAAUUUCACAUAUAAACCCUGAAUCUCUGCUCACUCAAGGAGAGAGAGCAGGGGCAAAGAAAAUUUUCUCUCCUCUCCUACUCUCUCAAAAGACCUAGAGCCUACUGAGACCAUGCCCGCCACCAGCGACCUCGGACUCCAGCUACAAGGGACCUCAGUUGAGUUGGAGCAUGGUCAAGCCUUCCUCCCAAGACCUCUUGUUAAAGGUAAAAGGCUUAAAUCUGAAGAUUUAGACUCUAAUCAUUGUAAUCGUUAAUUCUGAUUCUACAGUUCCAAAUUAACGUUGUGAGGUCUUACUUGCAUGCUUUGCCAUGACUACCUUGCAAUAAACUGAACGAGUUUAUGCAUGAUAAACCCGAGUAUUUCUCCAUUAAUUUUCUAAGAUAAAAUCCUACACAGUAAGAAGCAUGAUGCGAUCAUUAAAGCAAAACCCAGACCUUGUUGCACAGAUGAUGCUAAAUAAUCCCCUAAUUUGCUAGAAAUCGUCAGCUGCAAGGACAAAUGAGAAAACAGCUCCCAACUUUCUUUGAAAAAGUGUAGCUUUUUCUAAAGCACACCUGAAGCAGUGCAGUCUGUAGAUUUAGCAGGGUUUUUUUUUUAGCAGACAGCAGUGGAAGGUCCCAGCCUCGCCUUGGCCUAGGGUGAUUAGGAAACACUGGAAGUGCUUCAGGAACCAAGUGUAUAGCUCUGCAUGUACUGAAAACACAAGUCCAAAGGCAGGACCAAAGAACUUGGACUCCAGCAGCUUAUUCAACAAAUAUUGUAGGCUGGGGUAAAUCCUCAGCCAUAGAAUUCGGAAGUCGGAUUUUAGCAAAACGGAACAGCUCAGGGCAAUGAGAUUAUUGGACCUUGAAGCAAACUUCCAAGCUCUAAUAAUACAAGGUGUUUUCAUAUGACCAUUGAAAGGUUAUUGGACUCUCGACUCUCAAAAUAGCAUUUCUGUGUGUGUGUGUGUGUAUAUAUAUAUAUAAUUUUAAGGUGGGAUGGUACAAAGACAUAGCAAAACAAAACCAGGGAAAACGAAAGAAAACAAAAACCCUAAACAUGAAAGUUAACAGCAGCUUUAUUUGUAGUAGCCCCAAACUGAAAACAACCUGCUGUCUUUGAAUUCCAAGAAAAUAUGAAAAACUCCAAACCAAACCCUUUGUCAUUGAGUCAAUUCCGACUCAUGGUGACGUCAUGUGUUACGGAAUAGAACUGCUCCCUAGGGUUUUCUUUGCUCUAAUUUUUUUGUAGAAGGAGCCCCGGUGGUGCAAUGGUUAAGAGCUGGGCAGUUCGAAUCUACUAUCCUCUACUAAGAAACCCUAUGGGUCAGUUCUACUGGCUCCUAAGUGUCCCUAUGAGUUGGAAACUACUCAACCACAAAGUGUUUGGUUUUGUUUUUUCAAUUAAAAAAAAUAAAUAAAAAAGGAGUGGAAAAAUAUGUGUCUUUUUUGCUCUGUUUAUGAUUUAUUUAUGUGAAAAGUUCACUAAAAGAUGUUUUCCAAGAUUGUCCUAGCUAUUGUUUUAAUAUCUCAGGACCCAGAUGAUGUGUCCUUGUAGUCCAGCUCCAGCUAGGUCACAUUCUUUAUACUCAAGGACAGGGAAUAAAUGGCUCCAAUUUUAUCUCCUAAAUUAACAUUCAAUGGUUUCUAGGGACGUCAUCUAUGUCUUCCUAAUGCAACCAGCUUAGCAAAUAUCUUUUUAAAUUUAAAAAUCCAGAGUGAUUGCCACUUUAUUUUUAGAACUCGCUCAGGAUUCCUUUGCAUAGCAUUAGAUUUUAUGACAGCUUUGCUUGAGUUCUAAGCAGCAUUCACAGGAGGAGACAACCCCCUCCCCAGCAACCUCCAUAUGAGAAAGGGAACAGAGAAUGAGCUCAGGGCAAUUUAGAUCCCUUUUCCCUGCAACCCAUCAUUGAUUAAAUGUAUAACGCUUAACCAGAAAAAAAAAAAAAAAGCCCCCAAAAAACCCAUUGCUGUCCAGUCGAUACCCAAAAACCCAGGGCCGUCGAGUCGAUUCCGACUCAUAGCGACCCUAUAGGACAGAGUUGAACUGCCCCGUAGAGUUUCCAAGGAGCGCCUGGUGGUCCAGUCGUUACUGGUGUUAUUUUGGAAAAGUCCCCAAAUCAUUUCAUAUGCUUUAGCUCUGCCUAUAUUUUGUUGGUAAGAAUAGAGUAAGCAACAAUAGAAAUUUAAUUACCAACUAGAGGUCAGCUAUUUUGCUUACAAUAACUCAAUUAUCAACAAAUAUUUAUCGAGUUUAGGGAUAAAGCCACUGCGAUUCACAUAAUUAACAAACAUGCCCAAUAUCAUAGGCUGAUAGUAGCUGCUCACGGAUUCCAAACCCAAAGCCUAGCUUCUUUCACUUCGCUGGGCUGCCUGGCAAUAUAACUAUUAAUUUCUUUGGUUCUUGGGAUUUGGGCUUCUUUUUUGAAUCCGGUAUAGCAAACUAUGCAAGAAUAUAUAUGGAAUGAGUGAGCGAAUCUUUAAAUACAUACACACACACACACACACACACACAGAAACGAGAUAAUGUCCUUUGUGUAUAUGUUGUUUGACACUUCUGUUUAAAGGUUCCUGUUUUCUAAAUACCAGUAAAUCUCUGUAUUUUUAUUUUAUACCUUGUUUGAGUCGGAAU